AUGUCGGAAACUCAAGAACAAACACCCUUUCCACCAAACUUCAGCAUAAAAACCGUCCGCCUCCAAAUAAUCCCAUUCGACCCCACCAACGCAACCCACUGUAAUUUCCUAGUCCAACUUUGGGACACAGAAGACUUCAUCAAAUCCUGCGGCAAAACUUCAAUCGACACACCCGAAAAAUCAUCGUCAUUCCUUCAACGUCGUGUGCUGGCAGAUUACGCCCGCAAUGGCUAUGGCAUGUUCCUAGUCUUGCGCGUCAGCGAAGACAAUGCAAAAAUUCCUAUUGGAACCGUCUCCCUUAUGAAAGGUGCAGCACCUGAUCUUCAUCAUCUCGCGCCGGAUAUUGGGUAUGCUAUCGUACCCGAGGAGAGUGGGAAGGGGUAUGCUACGGAGGCCGCGAAGGGGUUGAUCGAGUAUGCGCGUGCGGAGCUUGGAGUUGAUGCUAUUUUUGGGUUUUGCGCUUCUCAUAAUAAACGGAGCUGUAGGGUCUUGGAGAAGAUUGGGCUUGAGGAUAGGGGGGUCAAGGCUUUGAGUGUUUUUGGGGGCAAGGAGAGUGUUGUUUAUGCUUUGGUUGGGAUGAGUGCUGAUUUAGGGGUUUAUGGGCUUUACGGGUGA